AUGGUUGGACCUCUACCUGGUACACUGGAUGAAAACAUGUUUGGUCUUGUGAGUCCAACAAUCGAGUCAAUGCGAAUCAAGUCGUCGUACUUGAACGAUUUCAACGCAGCAGCAGUUCUAGCUACGAUUAUCGAGCCUACAGUAAAUGAUCCCUUUCGAGCUGUAGUGAUCAAAUGGAUGGAGAUUGACAUCCCUCUUGCAUCCAUUGGAAUUGUUCGGAAUCGUGACUAUGUGUACAUUGAAAGUACUGGUCUCCUUCAUCUACAAAACGGUGAGCGUGUGGGGUAUCACUUGCUCCACUCAGUGACAUUCCCAGAGGUGCAUGAAUUACCGAAUCGAGUGCGAGGUAACAUGUCAUUUUGUGGAAUUUUUCAUCAAGAAGGCCCUGAUCGAACCGAUUGUCGCGGGUCUUCGUACUGUCCGGUCACAAAAGGUAAUCAGUACGUUUUCAGUGAUGUUUUUGUUGAUGCUACUAGUGCUAAGCUUGCAUGGCAAUAUGAAAUAGAGCUCGAGAAUAGUUUUAUAGUUGUGGCAAUCAUAUUGUUAUUCCAGGGAUACGUGAAGGCCGAAGAAUUUCACGCAACACAUAAACUUUUGUAG